AUGGUUGCUGCAACAAAAAAGCAUGGCCUCGCGGUGGACAGCACGCCCGCGAAGCGCGCCCGGCGAACGAAUGCAGCAGCAGACAUAAAACGGCCGGCGGCUACAAACAGAGCACGGAAACGGGACACGCACGCGCGACGAGGGCGUGUGCCAAGCACACCGGGCACGUUGAACUCGCCACCGACAGUGGUACUCGACGUGCUCGUGUUCGGUGACGGCGAGGCCGGCGAGCUGGGACUGGGCCCUCAUGUCACCGGCGCCGACAGCCCCACGCUGAACCCGUUUCUGAGCGCUUCCACGACGACGACGGGCGCGACGCCGGCCUUUGAUACGGUGCAGGUGGCCUGCGGCGGCAUGCACUCGGUGGCGCUGACCCGCGACAACCUGAUUGUGACCUGGGGCGUGAACGACCUCGGCGCGCUCGGCCGCGACACGUCCUGGGACGGCGGCUUCAGAACGAUCAGCGCAGCCGGAGACGGUAGUGGUGGCGAUGACAGUAGCGAUACCAGCGACGACGAGACACUUAACCCGCGCGAGUCGACCCCAACCGCCAUCCCGUCGACGGCCUUUCCCGAGGGCACCCGCUUUGUCCAGGUGGCCGCCGGCGACAACUGUUCCUUUGCCCUGACGGACGCCGGCGCCGUCUACGGCUGGGGCGCCUUCCGUGCACCCAACGGCGAGACGUUCUUUUCCGCGGACCGCGCAGGUGGCGCAGCCAGUCAGUUGGGGUUUCAGCGCACGCCGGUACGCGUCCCGGGAUUGCAAGGCAUUACGCAGCUGGCCGUCGGCGCGAACCAUGCGCUGGCGCUGGAGGGGCGCGCCAGCACUCAGUCGGCACAACCAACACAGCGGACACGGCCGCAGACCCGCCUCUGGACCUGGGGCUGCGGCGACCAGAACCAGCUCGGCUGUCGGCUGUUGACGCGCCACGGCAUACGCGACCCGCGGGGCCAUGCGUUAAUCGGCUCGGGCGUGCCACGGAUGGUCGCGCUCCAGCACGCCGGUAGCCUCGCCUUGGUCGCCUCCGGCGAGUACCACUCCUUUGCCGUCGGCACCGACGGCCGCGUCUGGGCCUGGGGCCUCAACUCGUUUGGCCAGACGGGCGCCGAGCCAGACAUUGUACGGAAUCCCAACGACGACAACGCAGAGCUGUCCGUCGCCGUACCGACCGAGGUCACGGCGCUCGCCCACACAGGAGUCGUUGCCCUUGCCGGCGGCGGCCAGCACUCGGUGGCUCUGAGCGCCGACGGCCGUUGCCUGGUGUGGGGACGCGUCGACAGCGGGCAGCUGGGGCUGGACCUGGCGGCGGUCGCGCAAGACCGGCUCCUAGCGGACGCGCGGGGCCGCAUACGCGCCUGUCUGGUACCGACCGAUAUCCAUCUCAGCAUCGACGGUGGCCCCCAGGCCAAUGCCCUGGCGACGGCGUGUGGUACCGGGCACACGCUGAUCGUCACGUCGGCCGCCGGGCGCGCUGGACACGCCGCCGUGUUUGGCACCGGCUUCAAUGCUCAGAUGCAGCUGGGCCUCGGCGCUGGCGCCGACGAGGAAGUGGCCGUCCCCACGCGUCUCGAGAGCGAGGCCUUACAGGAGAGGUAUUUGACCUGGGCCGGCGCCGGCGGGCAGUUUUCGAUGGUGGCUGGGCCGAGGCGCGCCGUUGGUGCGUUAGCUCGUGCGGCACGGUGA